CGCGAAUCAUAAUCUAUAUACUCAUUUAAACAAAGACAUACACCCCAGAAUAUAACAGACAUAUACCCCAUAAUAUAACAGACACGCACAAAUACAUAUAUAAUGCCCCCACAUUCCCUCCAAAUCAACUCCAAGUGCUUAGUAACACUGGGGUCCACGCUUCAGUUGGCCAAGAUCUACAUGAUCCAUAGUCGCUUAAAGCCGUUCACGAUAUUGGGCAAAGACGGAAAUAUACCCACCAACUCACCGUCUGCCAGCUUUCCUGCCGAGUUCUUAACCCUUGAUUGUGUGUUUUUAAAGUUUCUAGACACGGGACACCAGAAAUGGGUGGCCCAGGAGCGAGUCAUCACGUACCUGGAGACCAAUUUGGCCCAAAAGAGGAUGCUCGACCAGAACCAGCACAGGGUGAGAAAAAUCACCCGCACCAGAGCCAAAGAUAUCAAACUGAAAGUUGAAGUAAAGUCCGUGUCCCAUAGAGCCAAGGCGAAACCACCGAUCCUAGCCAAGCUCGCAGAGAUUAAAGAAGAGUUCCAGGUCAUGAUAACCCUCUCGGACCGGUUGAAGCAUUUGUUGCUACAGGACUAUAAGAACGUCACGAGACAUGGGCAGCUAGUGAGGCUCCCUGCGUGUGUACCCGUGUCGAAAGUCAUUUCAAAUUUUUCCAGGAGCUCGGCGCUAUCCGCAGAUAUUACAAAAAGCAUUGAGGUGUACUUUAACCGUUCCUUGGCCUCUUUGGUGUUAUAUGACUUUGAACGCCAGCAAUUUGUGUACUUAAAGAGGGAAGACACCGAGUCGUAUUCGGAUGUCUACGGGGCGAUCCACUUGCUACGCUUACUUGUUGUGUUGCCGAGUCUUUUGGUCUCAAGCUUGUUGAGCGAGGACGGUAUCAAAAUCAUGCUCAAGCAUAUGAACGAGCUAUUGGAAUACAUGGAAAAGGCCUAUGAGAAGAUUUUCAGCCCUGAAGACUAUAUGAAGGCCCUGAAGACAUACUUAAACGAUAAUAAGGAGUUUAUGGUUAUAUAAGAUGACCGUCUUCACCUUCGCCUUUUGCAAUCCGGUAGAUAACUCAUCAUAGACUCCGCAACGAACGGUUCUUUAUUUAGCCUGAUACAGAAGCUGCCACUUCAAUUCAAGGAUGGCCACUUUGGAGCCCUCAUCAGCUC